GGAUUUGUCAUGCUUACAUCAGUUGUACUUUAAAUUUUUAAAAUUCAAAUACUAUCGAAUUCUGUGUGUAAAUUUGAUAUUGUUUGAAAAUACCGAAGUUAAAUUUAUGAAAUAAAUAUGAGUAUUAAUUAUAAAAAAAAUUGAUUCAUUUGUUGUUCUUAUAAAACAUCUCAACUCUGUCUGCUUUCUGCAACCCCUCCCGUAAAUUUUGCAAGUUUUGCAUUUAAGUAAAUUUUAUUUUUAUACUUAUCUUGCUAUUUUUGUCAAUAAAGAACUGUUCUGUCCGGGGGUUAAGAUCAAUAGGCAAAAAUGGCAUUUCUUGCAACAAAACUUAUGGGGAAGGAGGUGAGAGAGCUGGAUGACAAUGACAUCGAUGAUUUGCUGGCAUCUCUCACUGCUGAAGAAUUAGAACAGCUGAGUAAUGAAGUGGAUCCUGAUGACUCAUUGCUCCCCCCAUCUCAAAGAUGUAAAGAUCAAACCAAGAAAGCACCUACAGGACCCCUUAAUCGAAAAAAGCUCUUAGAAUUUCUCGAAAGAACAGCAAGAGAACAAGAAGAUUGGCCCGAAGCAAAGCCUUAUGAAGCUGGAAUUAAGCGAGGAAAAAUUUGGAAGCCGAAAGAAGUACAGAAACCAAAAUCUGAUGAUCUGCAAAUUGAACUUGAUCUAGAUGAUGAAUAUGAACAAGCAUUGACUGGUGCUGAUGAAGCUGAAUUGGUGGAUUUAGCUGCUAUUUUGGGAUUGCACAGUAUGUUGAAUCAAGAUCAGUUUCAUUCUUCCAUCUUGAACAAAGGACAGAAAAUUGGUGAUCGAUUUGAAAGUAUUGUACAUGCCACUAAACAAAAGGUGCUGCCACUGGAACCAGACAACGAUACUGAUGUUGAUAAAACUCUUCAACAAGUUAUUGAUAAUGCCUCCUCUUUAAAAACUCUCAACUGGAAUAAUAUAAGAAACAUAUCCAGAGAAAAAAUGAGAAGGCUCUUUGAAGGCUUGAAAACCAAUACACACUUGGAGUAUUUAAGCUUGGCCAAUGUUGAUUUAUAUGAUGCUUCUGCUGAAGUGUUGGUUGAGGCAUUAAAACAAAACAAAAAUCUAAUAUCUCUGAAUGUGGAAUCAAAUUAUUUGUCUGGCAGUAUGAUUCGUGAUCUGCUCGAUGCCAUAUUGACAAAUCAGACUGUUUUAGAAUUCCGAGCAUCAAAUCAGAGCCCAGUUACACUUGGCAAUAAAAUAGAAAUGGAGAUCACAAAGCUCAUUGAAGAGAACAAGACAUUGUUGAGACUUGGAUUGUGUUUCGAUGUCCCCGAUGCUCGAGUUAGAAUUACUGAUCACCUACAAAAGAACAAUGAUCGAAUUCGCUUGCGAAGAAUCGGAAUGGAGCCUUAAGACUGUAAUGCAAAACACAGUAUAUGACAAUAAUGGAAAUCUUUUAGAAUUAGAACCCACUCUAUAAACAAGCCUGCUUUUAUAUCCGUUUUUCGUCACUUUAGUGCAGUAGCUUGUCGCCAAUGAAUUGAAAUUUGGUUUUAUGAACUCCUGUUUGUGUGUUCCUUCAUAUAUUGUGAAUAUUUCUAUUUUUUGUAAGAAUUUGUCUUUCAUGAAAAGAAAUUUCUUCUGACCUAUUAUUUCGUCAAUCUCAAACAUUACUAGGAUCCUGAAUCUGCGAUUCGAAUCACCACAAAGUGACUUGAAUUUUUAUUUGGUGAUUUGUAUUUUACGAUUUGAGUUACUUGAUUGGUAAUAAAGUUCUGAAUCUGUAAUCUUUUAAUUCAAACCCAUGAUUAAAAUGUUCAAAAUUUGUUUGAUUUGAAUGACCUGAGGGAACGUUUGUUUGAUUUAAAUCACUUGAGUGAUUUAUGUCACCCAAGUUUAUUUAUUGAAUUAGUGAUUUGAAUCACCAAGUGUUGAAUAAACUUGUUUACAUUUAAUUGAAUAGAUUUGAUUUACACUUAUAUUUUGGAUUCAAAUCACUAAUUACCUUGGAUGGUGAUUUAAAUAACUGAUUUUGCCCAACUCUAUUACAUUUAAUGCAAGCUUAAAUAUUGCAUAGAUGUGUAUAUUGAAGAUGCGUGUGUUUUUUUUCCCAUGUCUUUUUAUGUCAAUGUUUUACCUGAUAUAUGAUUAUGUGGGUAUGUUGUAAUUUAAUCUUAAUUUUAAUCAAAUGCUUAUUUUAGUAUUAAUUGCUGGAAAAUAUAAAACAAAAUUUUAGAGUUAGACUCAAUUUUUAUUUAUAACAAUUCUUCAUAAUUUUUUUAGGCAUCAAUUAAACUUCUGAAAUGAGUGAUAUAAUUUAAAUUUAAUAUUUUUAAAAUAAUUAUAAUAAUUAAGUUGAUAUUAUGUUUUAAAGUACUAAUUUUUAUAUUAAGAACUACCAGUGUAUUUUUACAUUAUUGUAAAAUAUGGGUAAAGUAUUUUAUAUUUUAAAAAAAGAUAUGUUGAAAUUUAAAGAAUCGUGCAAGAUUUUGCCAUAUUAUUUUUCUUUUAUAUGUGUAUUGAAAAAAAAAUGCAUUAAGUACCAUUCUAUGUUAGCAUCUAUAUUUAUAAAUGAAUUCUUCUAAUUGUUCUUUUAGGUAGUUUUACUUAAAUUUUUUUUUCAUGAAAUAUUUAUCUGUUCAAUGUAUUUAGAUUUUGCCUGAAUUUUGGUGCUAAAAGCUGUACAGUUGUACAAUUUUAAGAUUUUUUUUUAUUAAAAUAAGUCUAUAUAGUUUUCUUUGAGUUAGUUUAAUUUUUGAUUGUAUAAAUUUCAGACAUUAGUAAAGAAUUUCUUUCAUGUAUUAGCAGUUUAUUUAUCAAUAGAUUCUUUUUUCUUCCAAUUUGUCAGUUAAAUCUAAUCACAAUUACUUAAAGAUUUUUAGUUUAUUAUGAUGACCUAUAAACUGUCAUAUUAUAGAUGUAUGGAAGUAAUUGUUCAAUUUCUUAAUUACAAUAUUUCAUUGAAAAUUCUUGCACUAUUUUUGUUCACUUAUCACAACUCAUCAUCUCUUAAAAUAUUACCGGUGAAAUUAAAUUAUUUUCAGAAAGAAAGCAUUUUUUUCUCCUUUUAAUUGUGUUUAUCAUUUUUAAGCCAUGACCUUCGAAUAAAAUGUGCUUCAUUUUUA